UUUAUCUCUCAUCAAAUACGUAUAUAUAUAUAUAUAUACAUACAGACAUACAUACAGACCUCUCUCUCUCUGAUCGAAGAAUGGAGUCUCGUAAUCCACUGCAAAUGAUCUCUUGGAACCCCACAAUUCAUUCUCCCAAUCCCAAUCAGACGGCUGAAGAUGAUGAUCAACCCAUUUCCCGGCGAAUCCAACGGCUGUCCUUGCACCUAAACCCACCGCCGAUUCAUCCUGACCGUCAAGUGGCCGACGCCCUCGAGCUGCAAGCGUGCGCGAGCAGGACGAAGCUGAGCGUGAGCACCCAACAGCUGUCGGACUACAUGAGAGGGAAGCACAGGGACAUACAAGAGAGGGUUUUUGAGUACUUCAAUUCUAGGCCCGAUCUUCAGACUCCGGUUGAGAUCUCCAAGGACGAUCAUCGAGAGCUGUGUAUGAGGCAGCUUCUGGGUCUGGUCAGAGAAGCUGGGAUUAGGCCUUUUAGGUACGUUGCUGAUGACCCUUCCAAGUAUUUCGCCAUUGCUGAAGCUGUUGGCAGUGUCGACAUGUCGUUCGGUAUCAAGAUGGGGGUUCAGUACAGUCUUUGGGGAGCUUCUGUACUCAACUUGGGAACUAAAAAGCAUAAGGAUAAGUACUUUGAAGGCAUUGACAAUUUGGAUUAUCUGGGUUGUUUUGCUAUGACGGAACUCCAUCACGGAUCAAAUGUCCAAGGCCUCCAAACCAUUGCUACAUUUGAUCCACUUACAGAUGAAUUCAUAAUUAACACAUCCAAUGAUGGGGCAAUCAAAUGGUGGAUUGGCAAUGCUGCAGUUCAUGGAAAGUUUGCUACCGUGUUUGCCAAGCUGAUGUUGACAACUAAUGAUACAAAAGGAGUUUCUGAUAUGGGUGUUCAUGCCUUCAUUGUUCCAAUUAGGGAUUUGAAGACCCACCAAACACUUCCAGGGGUCGAAAUACAUGAUUGUGGUCACAAGGUUGGUCUGAACGGAGUAGAUAAUGGAGCAUUGAGAUUUCGUUCAGUAAGAAUUCCCCGAGACAAUCUCCUUAAUCGAUUUGGAGAUGUCUCAAGGGAAGGGAAAUACACAAGCAGCCUUUCGACCAUUAAUAAACGCUUUGCUGCCUUGCUAGGGGAGCUUGUAGGGGGAAGGGUUGGCCUUGCAUACUCUUCGAAUGGUGUCCUCAAGAUUUCCAUCACGAUCGCUGUCCGAUAUUCGUUACUCCGACAACAAUUUGGUCCUCCCAGGCAGCCCGAAAUCAGCAUUCUUGAUUAUCAGUCUCACCAGCAUAAACUCAUGCCUAUGCUGGCCUCAACUUAUGCUUUCCAUUUUGCCACAUUGCAUUUGUUGGAGAAAUAUUCUGAGAUGAAGAAGUCUCAUGAUGAACAAGUGGUGGCAGAUGUCCAUGCACUCUCUGCAGGUCUCAAGGCUUAUGUGACUUCUUAUACGGCAAAGUCAUUGAGCAUCUGCAGAGAAUCCUGCGGAGGCCAUGGCUAUGCUGCUGUCAAUCGGUUUGGUAGUUUGAGGAAUGAUCAUGACAUAUUUCAGACAUUUGAAGGGGAUAACACUGUGCUUCUACAACAGGUAGCAGCAGACCUUUUGAAGCAAUACAAAGAGAAGUUUGAAGGUGGGACACUUGCUGUUACAUGGAACUAUUUGAGAGAGUCCAUGAACUCUUAUCUGUCCCAACCAAAUCCAGUAACAGCUCGUUGGGAAGGUGAAGAUCAUUUGCGAGAUCCAAACUUCCAGUUGGAUGCCUUCAGGUAUCGUACAUCUCGAUUGCUUCAAAGUGUUGCCGUGAGACUUAGAAAGCACUCUAAGAAUCUUGGGGGCUUUGGUGCUUGGAAUAGAUGUUUAAAUCAUCUUCUGACACUUGCAGAGUCCCACAUUGAAUCUGUCACCCUCGCAAAAUUCAUUGAAGCUGUACAGAGCUGCCCUGAUCCAACUUCUCGAGCUGCUCUAAAACUCGUUUGCGAUCUUUAUGCCUUGGACCGAAUCUGGAAUGACAUAGGAACUUACCGCAAUGUGGAUUAUGUGGCCCCCAACAAAGCUAAGGCAAUUCACAAAUUGACAGAGUACCUCUGUUUCCAAGUAAGGAACAUUGCAAGGGAGCUCGUAGAUGCAUUUGAUCUUCCAGAUCAUGUUACGCGUGCCCCAAUUGGCAAGCAGUCAACUGCAGAAGUUUACUCACAAUACACGCAGAUUGUUGGAUUCUGAGUCCUAUAGCAACUUCAGAUUAGUUGAAACAACAGCAAAGAGGGACGAGGAGUGGUAAUGGCAAAAUUAAAGGAUGUUAUUCUUAGUUUUGUUCUUCAAUUCUUUCUGUAUCAUCGUAGGCAAGGGGGUCAGAAAUUCUUCCGGAAAUGGCGUGCUACUGCUCUUUAAACCAAGUGGUAAAAUUGGGCCUGGAAGAAUAUUGUUGUGAAAUUUGAAGCACUUGACAGGUAGUUGUUGAAAAUCUGCCUUUUUUUAUAUCCCAACAGAUUUGAUACCCACAAAAGAAAGGACCCUAAUAAUCAUUGAUUACCUGUUUGAUUAUCUUGCUGCCCUGUAUAAAUUGGAUUGGUUGGUUAUGCAUGGUUAUAAAGAAUAUGGGGCAAAUUUUAGUCCCUCGUAGUAGUACUUUA